AAACAGGAGAGUCCUGUACUAGAAUCAGUCCAUAUUGAAGAGGAGAAUCCUGUACUAGAAUCAGUCCAUAUUAAAAGGGCUAUUCUCAAUUCUAAACCCUUAAGUAGCUCUCUUUGUCAUGGAUGUGGGGAGAGUUUUAACUCUGAAGGAAACCUUGAAGCAUCUCCUGGAAAGACUCUGCAUCGCUGUGCUGGAUGUGUGAAGACUUUCAGGGAGUCGGGAAUCCUGAACGGACAGCAGCAGACAGGCACUGGAAAGACUCCAUAUAACUGUCAUGAAUGCGGGGCGGAUUUCAGACCCCACAGCAGCGUGAAACACCACCUGCCAGUUCUGAAGGUACAGCUGGGUUAUCCUUGUGAAAGGCAGGAUUCAGAGAUGGAGCCUGUCCUCAUUAAACAGGAGAGUCCUGAACUAGACCCUGUCCAUGUUGAAGAGGAGGGGAACCAUUUUAAAACAAGCAGCUUGCAGGGCGCUCUGUCCUGUACAGAAUGUGGAAAGAGUUUCAGUCAGUUAAAAAGCCUGAAACUUCACCAGCAAAUUCAUACAGGAAAGAUACGAUAUGGCUGUGCUGACUGUGGGAAGAGUUUCAGACAUUUACAAAACCUGAAACGUCACCAACGAAUCCACACUGGAGAGAAACCGUAUCUCUGUGUUGACUGUGGGAAGAGUUUUAAACUUUCACAAAACCUGAAACUUCACCAGAGAAUCCACACUGGAGAGAAACCGCAUGCCUGUGUUGACUGUGGGAAGAGCUUCAGUCAGUCAGGCAACUUGAAAAAACACCAGCAAAUCCACACAGGUGUGAAACGGCAUGCCUGUCCUGACUGUGGGAAGAGGUUCAAUCGUGUAGACUAUUUGAAAGCACACCAGCGAAUUCACGCUGGAGAGAAACGGCAUGUCUGUGCUGACUGUGGGAAGAGUUUCAGUCAGUCACAAAGCCUGCAGCUUCACCAGCGAAUUCACGCUGGAGAGAAACCACAUGUCUGUGCCGAGUGUGGGAAGAGCUUCAGUCAGUCCGGCAACUUUAAAAGACACCAGAGAAUUCACACAGGAGAGAAACCGCAUUCAUGUAGUAAAUGUGGGAAGAGCUUCAGUCAGUUAUCAAAUCUUAAAGACCACCAAUUAAUACACACAGGAGAGAAGCCGCAUCACUGUAAUGACUGUGGGAAGAGUUUCAGACACUUAACAAACCUGAAGGUUCACCAGAGAAUCCACACUGGAGAGAAACCAGUUGUCUGUGCCGACUGUGGGAAGAGCUUCAGACAGUCAGGUGAGUUCAAACUUCACCAGCGAAUUCACACUGGAGAGAAACCGCACACCUGUGCUGACUGUGGGAAGAGUUUCACCCAGUCAAGCAACUUGAAAAUGCACCAGCGAUUCCACACAGGAGAGAAACCACAUCACUGCAAUGACUGUGGGAAGAGUUUCAGCAGGAUAGACCAAUUUAAAAUGCACCAGCAAAGUCACACAGGAGAGAAACCGCAUCACUGCUCUCGCUGCAGGAAGUGUUUUACUGCUUCUGGUUCUCUUAAAAGACAUAAAUGCAAAUUAAAUACUCAGUGCUCACAUACUCUCACUCAGUGCAGCGCGUUUGUGAUCAUGGUAAUGAAUGGAGUCUGGAGCUGGGAACGCAAGCUCAUAGAAUCCAACAAAGAGAUUGAAUCAGUCCAUAUUAAACAGGAGAGUCCUGAACUAGAAUCAGUCCAUAUUAAACAGGAGAGUCCUGAACUAGACCCUGUCCAUGUUGAAGAGGAGGGGAACCAUUUUAAAACAAGCAGCUUGCAGGGCGCUCUGUCCUGCGCUGACUGUGGGAAGAGUUUCAAUAGAUUAGGACAUCUUAGAGACCACCAGAGAAUCCACACUGGAGAGAAACAACAAGUCUGUGCCGACUGUGGGAAGAGCUUCAGCCAGUUAAAAAACCUGAAGAGACACCAGCAAAUCCACACUGGAGAGAAACCGCAUGUCUGCGCUGACUGUGGGAAGAGCUUCAGUCAGUCUGGCAACUUGAAAAAACACCAGAGAAUCCACAAUGGAGAGAAACCGCAUGUCUGCGCUGACUGUGGGAAGAGCUUCAGUGAUUUACAAAACAUGAAACUUCACCAGCGAACCCACACUGGAGAGAGGCCGUAUGCCUGUGCUGACUGUGGCAAGAGCUUCAGCCAGUCAAGAACUUUGAAAUACCACCAGUUAAUUCACACAGGAGAGAAUCCACAUCACUGUAAUGACUGUGGGAAGAGUUUCAGAUGGAUAUACAGCUUGAAAAGGCAUCAGCGAUGCCACACAGGAGAGAAUCCUUAUCACUGAACCCACUGUGGGAGCUGGAAACAAGUCAGAAGGUCUAACGAAGCACAUGAUCAGCUCAAUGAAGGGUCUGCUUCAGUGAUUGAGAGCUGGGUUGGCAUGGAAACCAGCAGCCACAGCAGGGGGGUCCCCCGGGACCGGGUUUGGGAAGCCCUGCUCUGUGCCUGUUUACCUGGGAAGGAACCAGACUGUCAGAGCCGUGCUGCUGAUCUCCUGCUGACAAUCCCUGAAAAAAACGAGUCCCCUUUCUGUUCGAAAGCCAAGCGACGUCCGCGCAGCGCGUUUGCGAUCAUGGUAAUGAAUGGAGUCUGGAGCUGGGAACGCAAGCUCAUAGAAUCCAACAAAGAGAUUGUAACAGAUUGUAUUCUGCCUUUUUUUAGGAAAACAAAACUGGAUUAUCCUUCUGAAAGAGAAGAUUCGACAAUGGAGCCUGUCCAUAUUGAAGAGGAGAGUCCUGUACUAGAAUCAGUCCAUAUUAAACAGGAGAGUCCUGAACUAGACCCUGUCCAUGUUAAAGAGGAGGGGAACCAUUUUAAAACAAGCAGCUUGCAGGGCGCUCUGUCUUGUACAGAAUGUGGAAAGAGUUUCAGGCGUUUACAGAACCUGAAACUUCACCAGCGGAUUCACACUGGAGAGAAACGGCAUGUCUGUGCCGACUGUGGGAAGAGUUUCAGACAGUCCAGCCACUUAAAAAUGCAUCAGCGAAUCCACACAGGAGAGAAGCCACAUGUCUGUGCCGACUGUGGGAAGAGCUUCAGCCUGUCGGGCAAUUUGAAAAUGCACAGGAGAAUUCACACUGGAGAGAAACCAAAUGUGUGUGCUGACUGUGGGAUAAGUUUCAGGAGAUUAGCAUCUCUGAAAGAACACCAGCGAAUCCACACAGGAGAGAACCCAUAUAUCUGUGUUGACUGUGGGAAGAGUUUCAGCCAGUCAAGCAACCUGAAAUUGCAUUUGCGAACCCACACAGGAGAGAAGCCACAUGUCUGUGCCGACUGUGGGAAGAGCUUCAGCCUGUCGGGGAAUUUGAAAAUGCACCAGCGAACCCACACUGGAGAGAAACCAAAUGUGUGUGCUGACUGUGGGAAGAGUUUCAGGACAUUAGGAAAUCUUAAAGAACAUCAGCGAAUCCACACUGGAGAGAAGCCAUAUGCCUGUGCUGACUGUGGGAAGAGUUUCAGCCAGUCAAGAACUUUGAAAAACCACCAGUUAAUUCACACAGGAGAGAAACCACAUCACUGUCAUGACUGUGGGAAGAGUUUCAGGUGGAAAUUCAAACUGAAACUUCACCAGCAAAUUCACACCGGAGAAAAACCACAUAUCUGUGCCGACUUGUGCGGGAUGAAAUGAUUAUUAAUGUACUUGAUUAGUCUGUCAGCUGGUGCUUCGAUUAGUCAGUUAUUUAGGGGUAGAGAUUUUGAUCCUAGUGUAAAAAAUAGGAGAAAAUGGGCACAUGAAAUAAAACGAAAAAAGAAAGACGUGGGGAGUCUCGCCCGAGUUGAUAGACUGUACAUCAUACAUGGAUAAUAAAAAUCUUCGUUCAUAAAAA